GCCCUUCCGUCUCUCUUCACGCGCCACCCACCUCUCUCUCUCUCUUUUCCCCCUUUCUUCAUAUAACCCCAAUUUCCCCUUCCUUCUCCUCUCCCACUCUUUGAGAUUUUUUUCACCCUGACUUUGAGAUUUCGAUUCUCUCUCUCUCUCGUUCUCUCACAAAAUUCGAGGUCGACCCACAGAUUUAGAGAUUCAUUCACCAAAUGGACUCUCUUCCUGAUGCGCUCCUUCAAUACAUUCUUUCCAACCUGACUGCUGCAAAGGAUGUGGCUGCUUGCAACUGUGUGUCCAACCGAUGGAAAGAGUCAACAGACUCUGUUACCAGAGUUGUAUUCCCCAGGAAUUCAUUCGAAAGCAUCUUGGAGACUGAUGAUUCUGACACCAUCGUUCAGAAGAUGAUACUGUCUUUUCGUCGUCUUGAGGAGCUUGUGGUGUAUAGCCCAUUCUCUAGCAAUGGUCUAGCAUCUUGGAUGGCGCAUGUGGGUUCGUCUCUUAGGCUAUUGGAGCUAAGGAUGGAUAAUCUCGCUAGCGAAGAGGCUAUCCUAGAGAGUCCUUUGAAGCUUGACUGCCUUGGCGUGGCUAAGAAUUUGGAGACUUUGAGGCUUUGGGGUGUUUUAAUGAUGAGCCCUCCCAAGUGGGAUAUCUUCCCAAACCUUCGCUGCCUCGAAAUAGUGGGAGCAAGAACAGAUGAUUCCACAUUGUCUCAUGCUUUACGUGCAUGCCCGAAUCUGACUAACUUGCUGCUACUAGCCUUUGAGGGAGUUAAAUCCAUAACGAUCGAUCUGCAAUACUUGGAGCACUGUAAGCUGGAUUUCUAUGGACCAGGUAACAGCUUGCUAGUCCUCACGAGUCCGAGACUAGUGUCCCUUGAUGUUCAAGGCUGUAGCUGGAUCCGUGUCCCUGAAACCAAAUUCUUAAAGAACCUAUCCAUCUCCAAUAUUGCUGGUAGAGUUUACAUGGUAGAUUUCCCUAACCUUCCGUCGCUUGAGGCCUUGUCAAUUCGAGGUAUACAAUGGUGUUGGGAUGCGUUAUGCAUCAUACUGCAGCAAGCAAGAGACGUGAAGCAUCUCUUCAUGAAGGUUGAAUUCACUGGCAAUGAGUCCCUUCAACCUUUCCCUGAGAUUGAUUUUGUAGAGUUCUUCAACAACCAUCCCAAGCUUCAAACAUUUGACAUCCAUGGAGCAAUGUUCGCUGCACUUUGCCAGAGAAACAGCCUAAAGAAGCUUGAGACAGGAUUUGCAAUACCUUGUUUGGAGGAGGUUACUAUCACAGUGAGAUCUCCACUGAACGCAGAACAGAAGAUGAACACGCUGGAAUCGCUUGUGAGAUAUGCGAGGGGUCUGAAACGAAUGGUGAUAAGGAUUCUUCGGAUGAAGAGCAACCACAGCAGUGCAGAUGAUUUCUGCGAUGAUAUCUGCAAGUUCCGGUACAUGCAUCAGCAUCUUAUUCAAAUAGAAUGAGAUAUUCAUUUUAGCAGCUAAUCUUAAAUUUCGGCCAUUGAUUUCUGUUUCUCAUUGUGUUAGCUGCCAUUUCUUGUCUGAACUCCUGAGUAAUAUUUUUGUUUCCUGAUUCAUGGUUAUGAACUUAUGACUUUGAUUCUGAUAACAGUUCAGAACUUUCCCUGCUGCUGUUGUCUUUAAAAGGAUUGAAUAAUUAUGAACACAUUUCUGAAUUUGGUUUUA